AUGUUCAAGCCCUCACAGCCAAUGAUGGCGCGCUUGCGCCUGACUACUAAGCAAGUCAAUGGCGGCUACUACAAGGGUAACCGGACGGGCUCGAUGGGCUUCUUUGACCGGAAGGGCAACUAUGUGAUCGACUGGAAGAAAGUCCGCACUUACGUCGUCCCCGAGGACCUGGACUCAUUCAAGCUUACUCCUUUCGUCUCGAAACGCGUGGAGCCAACACCCUCUGUGUACAAGAAAGAGAUCGAACGGAACGGACGAACGGUCACUGUGAUUGACAGCCUCAAGGGUCCUGCUUUCCUGGAUCUAUGGUAUGCAAGCAACCCAGAGGAGGUUUUGGAACGCGAAACGGCCGAGAUGGAAGCCUCGGAUGAGUUGGAGGGCGCAGGACGGGCCUCGAAGCAAUAA